CCACGUGACGUGGUGAUGAAAACAUUGCGUGAUGACGUACAACGGCGCACGACAUUGUCGGCCUCUUUCCGCUCUGUCAGUAUACACGCAGCAAAGAUGGCAGGAGGUGUGCGGAAAAAGUCUCCUGGUUCCCCGUCCCCACUGUGGGGGAAACUUCACACACUGUGGCAGGACAAACAUUUGGUCCUGUUCAAGACGGAAUACACGUUACUGGUCGUUUCAGUUUUGUGGUUCCUGGAGAUCGGGAUCAAUGUGUGGGUCAUACAGAAAGUAGCAUACACUGAGAUAGACUGGAAAGCUUACAUGGAUGAAGUAGAGGGAGUCAUCAAUGGUACCUACGACUACACCGAGCUUAAAGGAGACACCGGCCCCUUGGUGUACCCGGCUGGCUUUGUCUACAUCUUUACAGCUCUCUACUACAUCACCAGCCGUGGGGUGAACAUCCGUCUGGCCCAGUACCUUUUUGCUGUUUUUUACCUCAUCACGCUGCUGCUCGUCUUCAGGAUUUACAACCGCACUAAGAAGGUUCCUCCCUAUGUGUUCUUCUUUGUGUGCUGUGCUUCUUAUCGGAUCCACUCCAUCUUUGUGUUGCGUCUCUUUAAUGAUCCAGUGGCCAUGAUGCUGCUGUUUGCAGCUGUCAACCUCUUCAUGGAUGGAUACUGGACUCUGGGCUGCGGCCUUUACAGUUUAGCAGUGUCUGUGAAAAUGAAUGUGCUCCUUUUUGCUCCGGGACUACUUUUCCUCCUCCUGUCUGAGUUUGGUCUAAUCAGGACAAUCCCCAAACUUUCUCUGUGUGCGGGCAUACAGCUUUUGAUGGGUCUGCCUUUCCUCCUGGAGAAUCCCAUGGGUUAUAUAAGCCGGGCGUUUGAUCUUGGCCGCCAGUUUAUGUUUAAGUGGACGGUCAACUGGCGCUUCCUGCCAGAAUGGUUCUUCUUGAAUCGGUACUUCCACUUACUCCUGCUGGCUGCCCACCUGCUCACCCUGCUGCUCUUUGCUCUCCGCCGUUGGAAGAGGCCAGGAGAAAGCAUCUUUGAACUCCUCAAAGAGCCAAGCAAGAGGAAAACCCCUGCUCAGAAAAACACUGUUGAUCAGAUGGUGCUGAUUCUCUUCACCUCUAACUUCAUUGGCAUGUGCUUCAGUCGUUCGUUGCACUACCAGUUCUACGUCUGGUACUUCCACACGCUGCCUUACCUGCUCUGGAGUGGAGGAGUCAAGAAGCUGGCCCACCUGCUCAGGGUCCUGAUCCUGGGUCUGGUCGAGCUUUCAUGGAACACCUACCCUUCUACUAACAGCAGCUCAGCCGCCCUCCACGUCUGUCACCUCAUCAUCCUCCUGUGUCUGUGGCUGGCUCCACCGCUGCCUUCAGCCCCAGCAGAAACACAAGAACACACAACCGUCAAGGACAAAAGCCAGUGAGCCACAGCAUGAUUGAACCGGACGUUGUAUUUUAGUCUAAUCAGCUGCCGAACAGCCUCCAUCACCCACCUCUCUUUGAUCCUCACAACACCGGUGCAGAGGGAGGUCACUGGGAUAGACUUGUUUUUUAUGAGUGAAUACAAGGAGCCAUUUAAUGCUUCUCAUCUCAGCUCACUGCUAAAAGUGAAGGAAGCUAACGUGUGUGGGUGGAGUCUGCAGACAGAUACCUACAUGAUGAAGUAGUCCCUUGCAGUUGAAGCGAUAAAAAGAGAAAGAAAAUAUGGAUUCUCAGGUUUCAUUUUCAGAUACAGUACAUGAUAGGAAGAGUAGCAUGCUAGAUGAAAUUGUGAAUAUUAUGCUGUUUUGAGAGCAUUUGUUACAUAGGCUAUAUUUCUCUAUCUGCCCAUAUUUCAACUGGCCUAAUCAUUUACCCUUGCUUGAUAUUCUGAUAUUUUCAAAAACUAAUUUAGUGGUGCACAAAUUAUCUUGUACAUUGUGUUAAGAAGGCAGAAUAUUAAGGAAUAUCAUUAAUAUGAUACAGAACUUGGAACGCAGCACCAAAAGCUUUAAAUAAUUGCAUAUCUUUUAAUACUCUGCGGUAUUUCCACUUGUACAGUAGGUGCAUUAUUCUCCAAUACAAAGCCAAAAAUCUUUUCCAGUAGUUAGUAUAAUUCUACACAAAUGUGUAAAACGAAGCUGCGGACAAUCAUGGCUAUUUUUCUGAUUUGUUACAUAAUUCAUUCAUCUUCUAUUGUGAGUGGCUCACUAUACUCAUAAGCACAUAAGUAAUGUGAAAAGUUUGCAGUAGACUGAGACAGCAAAAGUGUUCAUUUUAUAUUAAACAGAGAUGCCACUUU